AUGGCGGCCAAAAGUGCUAUCGAACGUGGAAUUAGCACGAUCUGGCAAAAAAUUCUAACUGUUGUGAACAAUGCUUUGGUCUAUCUUGACAGCAGAACAGCUGAAUGGAUACACUGGUGUGGUAGUCUUCAAGAUUUUAUAGACGCAGGUGCACUUAAUGUCUGUGACAUUUCAUCAGCAAGAGUGAGUACUUCGGCGCAAUAGUUUUUUCAAUAUAUUAGCUUAAGCAAAGCUUAAACACUAGAUACAUUAACGAAUCCCCAUUUAAUUUAAUUGGCCUCAAUGUACAUAUUCUCACCGAAAUUGUGGAAGGAUAAAUUUAUAGAAAGAUUCAACAAAAAUUUACACGACGUUUUCGCCACUGCCCAGACGUCAUAAUUUUGAACUAUAUAUUAUGCUUGAAAUUUGAGCGUACAAAACUCUCUUUUAACUUUCCCAAAAUAGGUUCCAGCCAUUGACUGAAAAGGAGCAAAGUAAAGGGUGAAAGAUAUUUUGCAACAUCGACAUGCUGAAGUAUGUUUCCUUUCACUCCUAGAAAUUGAAAUUAAACCUAAUCGUUUCAUUUCAGGGUGGGAACGAAUCUGAAACAAAGGCUGUCUUUAUUGUUGGUACACUACUUCAAAGUGAAACACUGGAUUUGGUCCAUUCUAUUGUCGAAUCCAGUGAUUUUCAGCACUGUACAAUUCUUUGUACUGUACCAGAAAAUGUACAUAGCUUCGCCAGACAUGCAGAUGUUACUGAUGUGUCACCAUUUGGGGAAUUGUCACAAAAGCUGAGGGAAUGGAUGGGCAAUAUGGCAAGUAAAACUAUUCUUAUUUUGUUGUCAACAGCCACAGAAAUCACACGAACAGGAUGUUCUACCAAUGAAAAAAUCUUCAAUCAAUCGAUUAAUCGUUCUUUUGCAUGCCAUGAAUUAUUUUGUGUCUUUGGGGAUUUUUAUGCAUUAGGAAUGCUGUACGCAGAGGUAAUAAUAUCACUGUUUGACCCUAAGCUUCUUUCACUGUAUUUCUAUCACCACCAUAUAACUGAAGAACAAUCAAACACACAAUUCCUUUUCUUGGGGUGGCAGUGUGUUGGGGGGUGUGGGCGGCAUAGGGGAAUGAGGUAGUAUGGUGAGAGCUUCAUACCUUUUAUCUGGAGGUCUAAGCAGGAACAAAACUAAGUUUUUAGAAAGCUGGGCUUACCUUUUUUUUGUUGUUUCUUAUUGACUGCAGUAUGCCACUGUGGAUGUUCAUUAUGUGCCGUUGUUUGCUGCUGUGGUUUGUCCUGGGCUAUUCAUCAGUCCUUUGUUUUCAUCCUUCUUUCCACUUUUGCCGUCAGAUGUUCCAAGGCUACAAAAAUUUCUCAGGAGUACGGUAAUCAGACUGUUAUUUAAGUUUAACCUUCUUAUCAUAGAUGUGCCAUUUUUCAAAAGACGAGUUCAAGUAUCCUUCACUGUUUUAAGGUUCUUAGUUUCUUUUUCUGGGUAUUUUUGGAACCAAAAUAAAGGUGGUGGGUACUUCUAAAAUGUGAGAUUACUGAGAUACUGAGACCCUGGUUUAAAAAUCUAAGAACUUGAAGUAAAUUUCAAGACUCCAAGAUGGAAAUAAAGAAACCAGAAAUAAUACUAAUGCUUAUAUCGUAGCCUACAACUGCCACACAGUUUGAGCCACUUCUAACUUUCUACGAUAUAUAGCUAUCUAUACGGACUUGAACUUCAUCCAUAGAAGAAGCUGAAAAUGCCCUCAAAGCAUGAAGUUCUUUGAUCAAUAAGGGUAGCUAUUAAGUUUGUCAUUGACAGCAAGGUUGCAGCUAUUAAUAGGGAUGUUUGGUCAAGUUGAGCCCUUUAACUUUUUUCCAUAGCAGUGUAAGUAACUGUUUUAAGUGUUAAUGCUCUUUAGGGAGACAAGAGGACAUUCAAUGGCCUAAAUGAUUUUGAGAUGUCUUCUCUUCCUCAUAAUUUGCAACUUAAAAUCAAGGUGGGUGCUUAUUGGGUUGAAAGCAUGAUUUGAAUAAAGGAACUAGAAAAUUUUUUCACAAAGAUCACUUUCUUAUCCUCUAGUGGAGAAUCCUCAGCCAUGGAUCUCUAAACGUGUUUGUAAUGUUGUUAACUUCACAGGUGAAUGACAGUUUGUGUAAUUUCCCCUCUCAAGGAUAGCCUUAUGGGCAAUUUUGCUACUACCUUGGACGAAACUUUUUGAGACACAUCACAGAAAUUAGUAACUGUUGCUUAAUGAAUGAACAUCCCACCCCAACCUCAUUCCCUCUGCCAAAAAGUUGCUUUUGGUAACACCAGAAUAAUGGAUUUUAGAGCAAAACAACACUAAGUGGGGGUGGGGCGGGUGGUGACUUCUGUUUGGAGGAGAUGGCAGUGUGGCACAAAACAAGGAAAUAUAUUGAACUGUCUGUAGCUUUUUGUGCGAGGUUGUAGCUUGUGCAACAUUCAGUAGAAUUAAGAAAAUAAGGUCAGUAUGUAGUCUAGUAUGCAGUGUUUCUCUUAAAUUUCUGUUGCAGAUGUUUGCAUUUGGUUUGAACAGUUUGUUUGAACUCUUAGACGUGAAUGAGGACUGUUAUGGUGUAGGUUACCUCAGUAAAGUCAUUGCUACAGAACUCGCUAACUUACCAGCAGCAAGGAUGAGAAGAAAGGUGCAGUUUGUGUUUGUUAGAUUUUAGUGAAAAAUGGCCUUAUGGCCCCCUUUCCUGGUCACAGCUAUCUACUCACCCUGUGGAUAAAAUUAUUCAAACCCCUGAAAACCAUUACUUGGCUCAUUUUUCUGCAAGAUUGAGGGGUCAUAGUGAGUCAUAUUCCAGAGUGAGAAAGUGAAUACGAUGUAGGUUGCAAAUAGAAUCUCAUUUCAUUUGUCCAUCCAAUUUGUGUCCCAAGAGUUCAGUCAAGUGAUGAGAUUUCUUGACUUAAAACUCAAGAGUCUUCUUUAACCCAUUGGUUCUGGAAAUUUUGCCAAAGAAUGUGUAUAAAAGCUACUGUCGAGCUGUUUUCAGGUCUCUGACUUGCUAUAAAGAAAAAAUAAAACCUACCAAAAGAUUUACAGGUCAUAGUUUUUGUGUUCAUUUGUUCCAGAUGCAAAAUAUCAGCUUCGGACCCUCAGGCAUGUGCAAUGAGCAAAAUUUGGAGGAGUUUGGAUUUAAAAGUGACACAGCAGUCUUGACUUUUGCUUCUUGCCUUUUUUCCUUCCCUCUUUUCCUGCACUUUUAUCACCUCAUUCUCUUUCCUUUGGUAGACAUUAACUAGGCUUCAAUUCAGUGGGAAAAGUUUUGUGGAAAGCUUUUAGGAUCUUAGGAUUAGAUGGUAGGUGCGGCCAGUAGAACAUGACUUUUAUGGGAAAGAUGGAUAAAUAACACCUGAUUUACGGCGUAUGAGGGUGUGAUUUUCUUUUUCAUAUUUUCGUAGAGUUCCAGCAGUAGGGGAUCCUUAAUUUUGAUUGACAGAACACUUGAUCUGGCGGGUCCAUCGGGUCACUCAUUUGACGCACUAGCGGACAGAAUCAUACAGUUGUUACCAAGGUUACCACAGCACACAAGUGAUGUGGCGGUGGACAUGUCUCCUCUUUGUUGUUAUGGCAGGUAAGGUAAUUAGGCUAAUGGCUUCAGCUUAAUCCUUUAAGUCACAAGGGUAACUGAAAUCAAAUUUCUCCUAACAAUAGAGAGCUUUAGAUUCUGAGAUUUUCUCAGUACUGAGUAGUGCUCGCGUGUGAGCAAACGUUAUUUUGUUGGGAAAAUGUGGUAGCCAUCGUCAUUCUAGUACGAGUUUUAGCAGCAUGUCGUAAUGGCAGGGACAAAUUACACAAAUCUUAGAAGUUUAAUCAUUUUGCAACCGCACAAGGGCUAAACCUUCUCCAAUAAAAAUAACCCCACUAAUUUCUCAGGUGAAAAACAUUAAAUUUAGCUUUCCAGGGGAUGGAUAUGCGGAAAACUUAAAGUAAAAUCUUGUACUCAUGGUCGUCCUUGUCCUCAAAUGUAAAGCUCUCUAAUAACACGGUACAAUCGAGGGAAAAGGUGAUGAGAAUGAAGAAAAUGACCAACAUAGAGAAAAUUCUCUGAUUUCCUAUCAAAUUCUCUCAACUGAUUCUUUAGGGAAAAGCAAGGGAAUCAGCAUGGAGAAUUUGUAUGUGGAUAUUGGGAGUUAAAGGGUUAAAGCAGUUUGUUCAGUGUAGUUUUUCUGGUUUACAUUUAGUGGAAAAUGAAAUAUAAUUUCAAGUUAAUUUCAAAGAAAUUUCUGGUUUCUAGUUCCACUCCUCAGACUGUAGCACCUGGCUGCUUAGCACACCCAAGAGACCCUCCUACCCAGGCUCUACUCUGCUCUAUGAUCACCAAGAGACAAAAGGUAUCUGUUUCGAAAGAGGAUGUAACCAUAUUAAUUAUAACUUUGUGUAGCUGUGUGUAACCUCGUAAAGCUGUUUGUAUUUCUGUAUAACACUGAGCAACUGUAUUAUGAUGCCUCUGUUGUUGUUGUGGAUUCUUCGCUCUGUGUAAAACUCUGUAUAGUGGCAUAUUGAUUAUUACAGUGGAACCUCCACUAACGGCACCUCGGCACAAUGGCCACCUCUCUACAACGGAUAUCCACUUUUUUUGGAAGAAACCUGGAUAUUCAAUUGAGAAAAGCUUUGUUCAUAACUCAUAAAGCACAGUCUACAAUGUAAAUUUAAUUUUUGAAUUUAUUAUAUUUUUGGAUGGACUGUCGACAGUCCCCCAUUUUUCAGUAAGAUUGUCGAAAGCAUGCACUACAGGCGGCCAUCUUCACAGAAUCAAACUGGAAGAUGACUAUCUAAUCUACUAAGGGGGCAGGGGACAGCACCAUUGUAAACCCCAUCACCUGCCCCCUCAGUACAUUUCCAAUUACAAAAUGGCUGCCGGUAACAGUGAGUGCUCAAUCUUGAAGAUCUCACGGAAUACUAGGGGACUGUGAAUAGCCUUAUUCUUGGGAGUGUAAUGUACAUGUAAGUUUUUCCUUUAAAUGAAGGAAAGUCUGGUGGAUAUUUCAAGGCAGCUCCAAGAAGCUUUGUCCAGAGAAUCACUGAUGCAGAAAAGUAAAGUUGGAGUGCAAACCAAAGUCACAGUAGAACAGCUUAAAACAAUGACAGAACAUUUUAGGUGUGUAACAGGGCUCAUUUAGCUUUUUUUAGAACUGUUGCCCUAAACUGCCCCUUAUAAGCUCCCUUAGUUAAAGGGCAAUGCCCAUCUACCUGUAAACAAGAAAAACAUCUUAAUUUAUAGUCUCCCCAAAUAUAAGCCCCUCUUGCUCCAAUAAUUAUGGGCCUCCCUCUAAAUUCGACUAAGUCUAAUUGUGAAAUUUUGAAGCUUUGUUAAACCCCAGUAAUUGCAAAACGAAUUUCAUGUUUUUUUAGCACUGCUAUAGCUUGCUUUGAAGCGCUUUUUUGUUCCAGUUAUAGGCCCCUUGGAUAUAAACCCCUUCAUCUAUAAGGCCUCUUAAAACCCUUCUGAAGAUGUAUAAACGCGGGGCUUUUUAUAAGCAGCAGCCUAUUAUUUUAGUUGUUACCCUGGGGGCCCUACCCCCACCCAUUGAGCUAAGAGCUUGCUUAUAAACGAGAGCAUGUGAUAAAAAGUACACAACGUAAGUACUAGUUUGAGAUUGCUUAAGUGAUUGUACAUGUUACAUUUCUUUGUUAAUUCUAAUAAUUUAUAGAGGUCAACCAAAGUGUUUACAAAAGCAUGGUGCCCUGUUACAGUUGGUGAGAGCAACAAUAAUGGCUUUAAAGAGUGAGAGCGCUUCACAGAUGGACCACUUACAAGCGUUAGAAAAGGUAUCGCCUAAACUAGCAUCUCGUGAAGGUAGAUACAGAAGUGUUUCCAGUUUUGUUUGCACUUCGCUUAUAUGUCUUAAAAUCUCCUUCACUACCGGUAUUUGAGACAAAAAUAUUAUUCUGAUGAAGUAAUUUAAUGACCAGGCCCCAGUUGUUAAAAAAGUGGAUAGGACUAUCCACUGAAUAAAUCUGUAUUAACUGAAUAGCACAAUUGGUUUCUCUAAUGCUUACUUGCUGGAUAGUGAUUUAUCUGAUGGAUAGCACUAUCCAAUGUUUGAACAACCGGGGCUAGCGGGCCGUUUCUUGAAACUUACGGUAACAUUUCGGGUCCGGAAAGCUUUUUUACGCUUGCCGAGUUUGUAUGCAAUAUAUGAGAGUCAAUUAUUAUGAAAUUGAUUAUAAUGAAACUAUCACUUAACGAAGCAAAAUUGACUGGUUUGUGAGCUAGGAACUGUGCUACAAUUCAACAUGUUUUGAUUCUUAAAUUUGCCUUCAGCCCGAAAAGGUACCGUGCCAUUCAAGAAACGGCCCCGAGGCCCCAGUUGUUAAAAGAGUGGAUGACACUAUCCACUGGAUAGUGAUUUAUCCGGUGGAUAGCGCUAUCCAAUGUUUGAGCAACCCGGGCUAGCUUCCAGUUAGCUUGUUAGCUCCAUUGGUUAGAGGGCUUCACCAGUAUUGCAGAGGUCCCGGUUCUUUCGAAUCCUGGCAAGCAUAAAAUUUUUAAGCCUCUCUUUUUGCGUCUGCAUUAGUUAGAAGACGUCUUCUUCAUUUAAUAUUUAUACUGUUUAAAGUACAGCUCCAAAAUCAAAACGAUCCCUUAUUUUUAUUAUCGCGUCUGUUGAUUUAAGGGUUUGAUUCUUCACAUUGGAGAACAUGGUCCACAAAGUUCUUUAUCAGAGGUGAUUACCGCAUUACAGAACGAUCAUCAGCAAAGGUAUAAAAUUAUUCAUGAAAAGCAGCGUCAGAAGUGUUUCCAUACACCAAGUAAGGGGCUGUUUACAUGGAGGGAGGAAGAUGCUAGUACCAGGAUGAUCCUAGAAGACGGAAAAACUUUACGUUGGGUUUACAUGAACAAAUUUCGGUCCGUGCGGUGCCCAAUUAGACAAGGUUCGAGAAGGAAGUAAAAAUGGCGGGCGACAAAAACAAAAGUGCAAUUUGGGCCCUUCUUCAUGUAAACGGCCCCUAAACCUUCCGAGAGUAGUUAAGUUGUGCUUAACUACUCUUUCCCUCUGUAUUUCUCUCACGGUAUAUUAAUGUAUACAGGUAUACUUGUAGAGGCGGUAAAGAAGCGGUCACCAUCAAUUUCAACUCACCGCGUGUAGUGCGUCUUUUUACGCGGAAAAUUUUAUAGCCACUUCACUGAUUGUUUUUUUCGUAGAGCUUAGAAAGCGGAGAUAAACGGUUGACAAACGGUUGUUUACCAUUUACAUGGUCAAACCGGGUUCACGCUUGGGGCAAAUGGUAAGCAAAAUUCGGGACUAGUAAAUUUCGUUCCGAAAUCGCGUUCACCAUUUGCACAAAUCAGUUUCAUUUACCCAGAUACGGCCCCGAAAGCUUGUAUGAAAGACAGUUUUCAAGAAAUGGAACACGAAUUUACAUUUGGAAUAUUCAUGUACCGACCAGGUAAACAGGAGUGCUUACUAUUUGUACGGAAAUUUGGGUGAAGAUUUUCCGUCAAAUAGUACAGGUCUGGUAUUUUUUCCUCGCCGAAAACAGGAAUGGGAUUGUGUUGUGCCAUUUACAAUUUUGGGAGGAAGCGUGGCACUGAUAAUCCAAACAGAUGGUUCAGGAAAUUUCGUUCGUUUCGAUGAAAGCGGGAAAAAAGGUAAUACCUCGAAGGUAUUACCUUUUCCCCCGUAACAUUUGAACUUUCCCUGGAAUUACCGGAUUUACCGUACAAAUUGUAAGCGCUCCAGGACCAGGACUACCUUAUCAGGCAGACGUUCCGUGGCUCCCGGAAAAUUUUCCACUGAAACGACCCAAAAAGUCGUGUUCCGUUUACUUCUUCCAACUGUAUUUUCUAUAUUUUUACUUUUUGUUAAUGAUAAACAACCAACAUCUCCAUGAUUUCCAUGGUGGCCUUCUUUGAACUUCUCGACGUUUUCAUGGUUUUUUCCCACGGUAGUUUAUUCCACGAAGAAGUGGUCAUACAGGCACAUUUAGUUUUCUCGUGGUGAAAGGCCUUAUCUUGCGUGCAAAAGGCUCAAUGUGACCGCAUUUUAUGGCUAUUUAGAUUACUAUUUGCCCUCAAUUUGCCUUCAGAUUUGUGAAUGUAGAGGACAUUUUUCUUCUCCUGGUGUUUCUGUACUCGUUAACUGGUCAGGAAUGCUUCAACUCUCCCUUGGAAGAGGAACAAAUGAAAGUAAGACUCUCUAUGAAAAAAUCAACGUUUUUUGCCCUCUGUUAGGGUCAGGGUUCACAAAUAGGGAGCUUAACCCUUUAAACCGUAACAUCAAAAUUCAAAUUCCCAUUUGUUAUCCCUAUACAUCUUCAACAGAAGUAGUGGGGAGAAUCUGUUGAAGUAUCAGUUAGGUUCAUCUUGUGUGAUCAUGUCCUUAAUUCUCAUGACCAGUCUGUUUUAUUAAGUUGUGUUAUACAAGGAGAAAUUUGACGCCCAUCACUUUUAGGGCUUAAAGGGUUAAGCAACGGCGACGGCGACGGCGACGGCAACUAGAACGGUAAAAAAGCAAUAGGUUUAUAGUAGCAGGACGUCAACUUUGCACGUGCAUCACGCUUUUUUGUACAUUUCUUUGCAGUCAUUGCACGACUUCAACUAGCCUGAAUUUCAUCCGAUUACUUCGAGUCGUUAUUACUCCCUCAGUAACGUCUGAAUCGACCAGCCGUUAAUGCCGUCCAGUGACGUCACUACUCCUUGAUCUUUGCUCUGAUCUUUGCUUUAAUUUAUGCAAAAAGUAAAACACGAUUUUCAAGUGGCAAACCUAGAAAUAUCGUUUGGAAAUGUCUGCAUGAUACAGAAUUGUUUAUUUUUUUCGAUCGUAAUUCAUGUUUAACGUUUAAACUAUCAACUGCAUGCAGUACAACUCUGAACAGGACUGAAUUCUAUAAUCAAACUCGGUCGCAAUCACGCAAUGAAAUAAACACACACAUGAAACACUUAGUUCAAAAACACGAUGAUUUGCUUUAAUUGAAAAGAAGCUAUUUGGUCCUUAACAUAGAAAAAAAAAACAAGGAAACAAGAAAGAAAAGCUAACAGAAUAAUAAAAUAGCAAGAAGGUCGAAUUAUAACAUUGAUCUCAGAAAACUUCGCGUAAACAAAAUCACCGGCCGCCGAAACCACAAAGCGGCUCUAAAUGAAAAACCUACCGACUCUCCGCAAGACAAGGGCAAUUUUGCUGUUUAAGAUAAAGAUUAAGCUUAUCGAAAUGUUUGAACUACACGAAAGAAUGCCAGGGAUGCGAUCCGAUGAAUAUCAAGCGACAAUCCCGCUAAAAUUUUUCAUAAUUAUACAUAAUUAUGCGAAUGUUUAGACAAUCAACCAAUCAAAAUCACUACCAGGUUUUCGGGUAGCGAGUGACGUCACUGGACGGCAUUAACGGCCCGUCGAUUCAGUCGUUGUUGAGAGGAGAAAACGACUCGAAGCAAUCGGAUGAAUUUCAGGCUAGACUUCAACGUGAAAGUGCCUAAUUUCACGUUUUGUCAGGGACGGGAACACAAGACAACAACUUUCUUUCUCUUUUCUUGAACUUUGAUACAGUCCUUUAGCCAACAUUUGACGAAUCAAUCGAGAUAAAUGAAGCGCGAUAAAGUUUGAGGGAGCGCGAAUUCACUUUUUAAGUGAGGUUUUCGCAGCCGUCGCCGUCGUUGUAGACUACGAGUAGUCGCUCAUUUUUCCUCAGGGAUAGUAGUGCGAGCGAAACGCGAGCGCGCGUGAAAAUCACCCCACGCGAGUAAAGGCGACACGCGGCGGGGAGAGAGAGCUCCUGCAACGUGAAAUCUGUGUGGAGGGAGAAUUUGAGAUUUUACUCAACUCCCUGCGAAAGCUCAUUAAGGAGAACGACAACUAAUUCUUGGUUUGCAACCACGUGACAAGGCGGCCAUGUUGGGGGUUAAUACUAUAGAAAUUUGGCUUGAAUAAUUUGCAAGAAAAUAGGGUUUAGUUCCCAGAGGAGAGAAAUGCUUUUGUUCUUGACCACCAACAUGGCCGCCGUGACGUCACGUGCAAACCAGCAAUUUUAGAGCAAGUUUCAUUGUCUUUUAUUUCGUAUUUCCCACAAAUUUAAGGAUCAUAACUUUACCCCAUACAAAUACUGUCAUUUUACAAAAUUCCUAUUGUGGUAUUGGGCCAUCUGUGAUCUUAAGUGAAUGUUUUGUAGCCGAUUAUUUUUAAAUUCGCAAAGUCUUUUAGUGUAAACAAUUCUUCCAACUAAUUCAGAUACUUUUCCACCUUCGUUUGGGCGAGCGUUCGGCAAAACCAAAAUGGAACUGUCACGUUGAUGAAUAUAGAGCGUUGAAGAAACGACGACGGCGAGGGCAGCGAAAACGUCACUAUUAAAAUGUAUUCGCGUUUUCCCAUACGUUUUCACGUUUAUUCCAACUCUUCGAAAUUCCCUGGAGUUGAAUGCUUGGGGACUGCAUCCAAGUUUGGAAAGAGAGAGCAAAAUUCGUCGUGGUUAGUUUACUUCCUCCAAACAACACCCCAUAUAAAAGAAAUUUCCCGUGGUGUUCGUGCAGGGAGGGCAAAAAAAUGUAUGAAAAAAGGGUGCUGCACGUGCAAAUUAUUAGCCAUGAGUAUUGCUUUUUUGACGUUCUAGUUGCCAUCGCCGUCAUCGUUGCUAAAGCUAGUACGAAAACCAUACGGGACAGGGCUUCUGCGCCGCAUAACCUAAAGCUCUUUGGAUUUAUCGAUGUGUGUAAACGGUUGGGAAUCCGAAUACGAUUUUAGUACAAACGCUUGCGAAUCCCGUUUGAACACGCUAAAUGUAAUAAAUUCGGAAAAAUCUUCUCUAGUGUAAACGUAUCCAUUGUCAAGCGAUUUUGGUGGCGACUGGAAACGAGGAUGUAAUAGACAGAGCUGAAUUUGGUGAAAGAUGACGGACGAUCUUAAGUGGUACAGUACAUUCUUCUUUCUACUAGGAGCUAUUUUAGGCUUUGCCGAUCCGGUCACUGACGCCUUAACACUGGCUGAAUUCUACAAAGAAAAACACCGGCGAUGGUUUCAGUGGGGAGUGAUUUUUAUGGUUGUUCCUUGUUUGGUCUUCCUGAUGGUUUACAUGUUGACAAUAACUUUUGACAGUGUGCGUGGAGUAGCAGAUUUUCUUCGGAGAGUUUUUUUUAGUUUAAAUCCGUUCUCUCCGGCUUGGGCAUCGCUUAAAGCAUUUGUUUUGUGUGUGGAGAACUUCGAAAAGCUCCGUCACGGCGAGGAAAUUGACUGCGGAGACCGCGACGUCAACGACGUUAAUCGCUUUCUUGCGUAUGUAAACUUUGCCCCAUUUACGGAAGCAAUCGCGGAGUCAAUUCCUCAAUUUAUCAUUCAGCUUUACGCCGCUAGUGUGCAAGAGGAAGCAGUCAAGAUAAUUCAAAUAAUAUCACUGAUUGUGUCUUGUGUUAGUAUAGCCUGGGCAUUUUCAUGUGGUGAUGAAUUUCUACACGACGGAGAGAUCAAGGUGAAGUUAAUGCACAAAGUGCUAUUCUGCGUAGAAAAUUUUUUUCUCUUGACUAGUCGACUGUUUGCCAUAUGUUACUUUAUAAUGGGUUUUCGGGGCUGGAUCUUCGUUGUUUUGAUGUCUCAUUCUCUCAUCGUGGCAUUAGUUGAUUGUACCUCUCGUUGCCAGACAGGCAAUCCGGACUGGCGGUGUAGACUUUUGUCCAUCUUUUUUCUUAUCUUUCACUGGAUUAGAGAUGAUUUGUCUGCACCACUCGACGCAGAAGAUAUGAGAAAGCGGAAGAGACAACUGGCAAAAAUACAAUGGUUAUCUCAUGCCAUGUUUGUGAUUGAAAAUCACGCCAUGAUCUUACUGUUCUUUUUUCUCAGCAAAUACUCCACAACCUGGUUCGCCUUUCCAGUGACAGUGUAUGUUUGUACUAUGAGUAUUCUAGGGGCAAUACUCAGGCUCGUUCACUUUAAGUUUUUGUUAAAAGGUCGCGUAGUGCCGGAAACAAGCGUCACAAACGAGGAGGUAGAAGCUGUAGGCCUUGCAAUUCAACAGGAGUUGAUGAAUACAUAUGCUAUGGUACAAUCGCUGCAGACAGCCUAUGAACGUUGAAAAAACAAAAGUGCCUUAUCACUAGCCUCCAACAACUAUCAAAGAAAGACGUUCCGUGGAGCGUUUCGUGACCACUGAUACGUAGUUUCCAACGCAGCCCGUUUUUUUGUAUCGUCACGCAACGCUCCUCCCCACAAACGUUGAGCGGCGUUGUGUGACGUUCAAAUUUUUUACUAAAUGAAACCAUAGUUAGUAGAGAAACUAACACUUGUUUAAAGAGAAAAACACUUCAUAUCUCUUAAAUGAAGCCAACUGGGAGCCCAUUUGGCUUGUUAGCUUAAUUGGUAGAGCGCUGCACCGGUAUCGCAGAGUCAAGGGUUCGAAUCCCGUACAAGCCUGAAUUUUUUCUUUCUUUUCGCAACUGUAAAAGUUGCGUAUAUAACAGCGAUGAUCAUCCUUCAUUUAAUUCUUCACUCCGCGGUUCACAUAUAUGAUUUUCACAUCUUCUAAACUUCACUUCAUGUCUCUGCUACAUAUAUAUAUAUAUAUAGCCUUCCAAUUCCAACAGUUCAGUCGUCAAAAUUGCCUGAUGAGUGUGGUCCUUGCACCAUACGAAACAGUUCUGUAGCAAUAAAACGAUGAUUACUCGUGAAACCUGAACUUCUGUGAAGUUAUAGCUGAUGCUCCUCUAUCAAUUGAGUCGAGCGCUCGACGAAAUACGUUCUACUCAAAUAAAGAAUAUAUAUAUUAAUAAUCACAGGAGUUCAGGCUUCAGGAGUAAUCAUUGAUCGUUUAUUGCGACAGUGCUGUUUCGUAUGGUCCGAAAUUGUAGGACCACACUCAUCAGGCAACUUCAACGAUUGACCGUUAAAAUUAAAAGCUGGCAGUAAAUAUAGGGAUGCGUUAAGAGAUAGUAUCUAGGUAACAGAUGGAUUGUGUCUUAGUUACGUUACUCUAGAGUUCUGAAGUACAUAUCUGUUUCUGUGGGGGCAUGGACUUGCUAGUUCGUUUCGCCUGUUUAGGUUUUUUUGAUUGGAGGCAUUUUCCUUCGAUGCCUCCAAUCAAAUGUAAUCUACCAAGCCACUGUAACUACAGCGACGACAACUGAAACUUACGUCGGACUGGCAACAAACUUUAAGGAACGUUACAGAAACCAUCAGUCCUCCUUUCGACGCUCAAACAGAAGAAAUGAAACGGAACUAUCAAAAUAUAUUUGGACUUUACAAGACUCUAACAAACCCUUCCAGAUAAAAUGGAAAGUUUUAAAGAAAUGUAAAGCUUAUAGCAACAUUAGAUUUAGAAAAAAAAUUUUGCAAAAAAAAUGUAAUCUUUGUCUUUAUGAAAAGUUUAUCAUCAUUUGUAAAAAGAGCUUUGUAGCCUAAACAGGCGAAACGAACUAGCAAGUUCAUGCCCCCACAGAAACAGAUAUGUACUUCAGAACUCUAGAGUAACGUAACUAAGACACAAUCCAUCUGUUACCUAGAUACUAUCUCUUAACGCAUCCCUAUAUUUACUGCCGGCUUUUAAUUUUAACGGUCAAUCGUUGAAGUUGCCUGAUGAGUGUGGUCCUACAAUUUCGGACCAUACGAAACAGCACUGUCGCAAUAAACGAUCAAUGAUUACUCCUGAAGCCUGAACUCCUGUGAUUAUUAAUAAUCAAUGCUCUUCAAUUAAAUGAAUUGAGCGCUCUACGGAAUACGUUCUACCCAGAAUACAAGUAUUUAUAUAUAUAUAUAUAUAUAUAACUACCUGGAACGUUUUGUUAUUUCUCUCAACUUCCCCUGUCUUACCUUGUUUACUGUGUUGUUUGCUGUUUGCUUAUGGUUGUUUCGUGGUUAGGGAUUUGUGUAGAAGUGGCUGUAGACAGAAUUUCGCGAAUUCGUGUUACGUUCUUUUAACAGUAACAACCCUUUCACUCUUUCCCCCUUUGGCCUUUCUCCGUCCCCACCCAGAAUUCUCUGUCUAACGCAAGUGACAGUUGUUUGAAAUCAGUGCGCGCCUAAAGCUGGUGUCGUUGCCGCAUAGCAGUUUAUAUUUUGUUAUUGGUCACCUUGAGAAUAGUUUCCCGGAGAGCAUCAUGUAAAGUUCUGACUGGAUCUUCGAUUCCGGAUUCCAAUCGUUAAAGGGAUUCCGGAUUCCUUGAGCUAAAUUCCUGAUUCCAAAGCCCAGGAUUCCGGAUUCCAGAAGCAAAAACUUCCCAGAUUCCGGAAUCCGGAUCAGUGCCGGAUCCAGGCCUCGAGAUAAGGGGGAGGGUCUCCAAAAAUUAUUUUUCGGCCCUUCGGGCCUCAGUUGGGUCUAAAAAUAAGAGAUGGGCCCCUCGUGCCCCUCCCCUAGAUCCGCCACUGCGGAUAACCUUACAUGAGGCGAGUUGUACUUCAGACUACCCUUCCUCAAACCCUCUCCGAGCUCGUCAUGCGAAAGACUUGGUAACCAGCUGAAAGAACAUUUGCGCCCCAGUGUUAAUGUCUUCUUUCCCGUGACCUGGUAAAAUCGAAUAUAUCCUUGUUCCCUCAAAUCUCCAUCUAUCCAUUCAGCCAAUAAGAGGGUUAAUAACAAUAAGAGGGUUAAUUAUUGAAUUUUCGCAAAUUCGCCAUUUGCACAUCUCCCAUAAUACACCUUGUUUACCCCCUCCGCCCCCUCCCCCUCCCCCUCCCCCCAAAAAAAUUUGCUUAAGCAUUGUCUUUUAUUUCUCUUGGAACCACUAUAAUACCCAGGACACUUCAAAAGCACGGUUUAUGUAAAGUUUUUUGGGGCAAACAAAAUGUAUUAUGGGAGAUCGGAGAUGUGCAAGUGGCGAAUAACAAGAAUAAUUUAGGAAAAAGACUAACUAGAAAAUUGGGAAAGUUCGGAUAAUGUUUGAGCCAAAUCCACUUUUAAAACGAGACAAAUAUUGACAUUUAAGUAAGUCAAGGUUGUAAGGAACUGACCAGUAAGGAAACGACUUGUUUCUUUAUUAGUGCACCUGAACCUUUGGAAAAAAGAGAAAUUUUAAUCCUGUUCACAUUUAAGCUUGCCUUUCAUCGGCACGUCGAGGAAUCAAGGUGAUAAACUAACAUUACUAUGUUUUUUGUCUCUCAGAACAUGUUGAUAAACGGAAUCCUCAGCGGAGAACUCAAAUGCAGUUGUGAGUCGUUCUUAGGUCAGUGAAUCUAAGGGCCUGUUUACAUGGAGGUGGGAAAUCCCAGGCAGAUGAGGUGACCCGCUUGGGUGGGGUAACCCGCCUCUUCAUAUAAUCUCUCGUUUUAGGGCCUGUUUACAUGUAGGUGGGGGACCCCAGGUAAGUGAGGUGACACGCUUAGGUGGGGUAAACCGCCUGUUCAUAUAAUCUCUCAUGUGGUCACCCAACCUAUCAUGUAAACGUCAUCAAAUGAAAGUGAGAGAUAAUAUGGACAGGGGGGUUACCCCACCUAAGCAGGUUACCUCACCUACCUGGGGUCCCUUAUCUCCACAUAAACAGGCCGUAAAGCUAAGUUCACACGGCACUGGACGAAUUUUCGACCGGCAGAAAAAUUUGUCCGGACACUUCGUUCACACGGCACCGUUCAAUAUUUUCACACUGUUCACAGGGAACUUUGAACGGCUAGGCAUCUAAUUUUUAGAACGGUUUAGGUGGUUCCGUCACCUAUCUGUGGUCCCCCACCUCCAUGUAAACAGGCCGUAAAGCUAAGUUCACACGGCACUGGACGAAUUUUCGACCGGCAGAAAAAUUUGACCGGACACUUCGUUCACACGGCACCGUUCAAUAUUUUCACACUGUUCACAGGGAACUUUGAACGGCUAGGCAUCUAAUUUUUAGAACGGUUUACGUGGUUCCGUCAGAACGGAACACCUUAAUGCACGACUUUUCAACCGGCCGUAAAUUUCACCAGUGUCGUUUGAACGUACCCUAUGCUUUUGACUUAAGGCAGAUUUAGAAAUAAAAAUGUGACGGCAACAGCGACGGAGCGCGCUGAUCUCAAAACGAGCUUGGCUAAUGGCAAUGGCCUCUGGUACCAGGGUAAGUCACAAGCUCGACGGAAUAGGAGUCAGAAUAAUCAGAACUUUUACCGUCCGUCACUUACGAUCUAGUGAAAAUCAGAUUGCAGCCGGCCAAAGCAGAGGCGGGAAGAUAAACCAGUGACAAUUCGGUUUAGUUCGUCCGAUUCUGCUUGUGAAUCCGACAACCUAGUUUUCAUUAGAUACCAAGCUACAAGCGGAAGCGGAAGCGGAAACGAAAAGGUGCUUUUACUAAAUCGUAAUGAUCUACGACUGCGACUCCGACUCCGCCUCCGAAUUAACCUCGUCCCUAGGGUCCGCUGGGAAUGAGGUUGCCCCCAAACGCGCCGCUAGUUCAAGUAUUUUCACUCUGAACCAGCAAGAUGCGGUAGGCGCGGGAAAAUGCCUAUGACACGGUUUUGUCAUCUUACUUUUGACCGGGAAUGGCGCGAAAUAUAUUAGCCCAUCCGACGUCACAGUAAUGCAAAACCAAUCAUCAUUUACCAGCCUUUGUCACCCCAAUUACUCUACAGACGGGUGUGACAAGACUACGACAGAAUGACCAAUAAUUAACACCUAUGACUUGCAUUUUGUAGGGACUGAGCUUUCUGAGAAGACUGUGAGAAGCAGGAUUUCCGAUGCGUUCGAGAAAAUACGUGGCGUGAACUUCGCGAGGGAGGAGCUUCAAAUGUUCAGGUACAAUCGGUUUAAUACAGCAGUAGUGUUUGCAACAGCAUUUUCACUUUGUUGCAGCAAUGUAUGUGACAGUAUUGAAAUGGUAUUUUUCUUACAGGCAGCAUGUUGAGUAAGUUUGUUCGCACGGAUUUAGGACUGUGUUGUUGUCACAGCACUUUGCCAACAUUGCGAAACGUUGUUUGAGUGUUGUAACAGUUUUGUUUAAAAUAAAAUUCAGCAGAGAAUUCACCAGUGGUUUUCGUUUUUGUCAACAGAGAUGUGUUUCAACAGGGAACAGCCCUUAAACCAGCCCAGUAUCAGCCACUUGUCAGACAGGUUUGUCCUGUUUGUAUGUCUUGUCCCUCAGUCGGUUUGUCCUUAUUCGUCUAUAUCUUGUUGAAAAUAAGAUCGGAUAGGGUUAUCUUGUUUUAUGUUCCACUUAAAAUUUAAGAUUUGUCCUCUUUCAACACUUCUUUCUGCCCAAUGUGAUUAUUUAGACAGUUUCACGGCAGGCUCAGAAAAUGUUCGUCACGCUAAUUACACAACUUAAAGUGAACGUGAGUACGGAACCCGUAAGAGCACCCUACGACAGAGACCGGAUUAUAGUCUCAGCUGUAAUUUUCCGCGUGAUAUUAGGGUCUUAAAGCGGAAUGAUAGCCCGCGUAGCAAGUGUUUCCGUUUGGUUUCGGGGCAAAGAAAUACCAAGGAAGGGGACUUUCUUGCGCCACUUUUCUCGCGGUCUUUGACUCUCGUUCCUCGUUCUUCUCUCCUAAACCGUACAGAAACGCUUGCUACGCAGGCUAGCGGAAUGAUUAAGUUAAAUCUUUAGGAAUAUUUUAGCUGAUUAUUUCAGCGGCGGGAAGUCUUAGUCUAAGUGUGUUAACUCCGUCUCUUCCAACAGUGCCAGUCAGCAAAACUGAAGAACAAUCACGAAUUUAUUUUCUACAAUAGUUACUGAGAAGAAACCAUGUAAAAGCACUUCCAAACAGGUUUCUUUGGAAUACUACCAGUGCAUCUUAGGAAAUUUUUUCUUCUAACCUCGUUAAUUGGGAUGGGAACCCAAACGGAUAACCCAGAUCUUAACUGACGGCCUAUUUUGCACCUAAAAAGGCACGUUUCAUGCAAAUGAAAGCCCAAGUCGUUACUUUUCGGUCCAUUGUCAUGAACAGCAAUUUACCCCCUUAAUUCGAAAUAUCGGUAUCUGUAUUCUCUUCACUGUUUUUAGUAUAGUACUUAGACUGACUAAUCUGCAGGAAGAACAUGCGGAUAUCAAACUGUGUUUCUUGCGACAGUGUGUGUCGUUGUUUUCUUCAAAAUAAUGUACAAUAAAACAGUUAUAAUUAGAGUCGGUUUUUGUGAUAUCCGGAAUAACCAAGGUCUUGAAAAGUGUUAUCAGCCUCGGCUUAUAACACUUACCUCGACCUUGACUAUUCCGGAUGCCACAAAAACUCUAAUCUAUAAUGAUUGUUUAUUUUAGUAUAUUUUAAUAUCACUCACUGUCACCUACAACAUAAAAACUACUAAAAAGCUAAUACACAACAUGACCCAGCAGGGGAGGAAACGUUUUGUCCCAUCUCAAUACCCCAUUCCCCUCCGCCCCCCCCCCAAAAAAAACAAUUCCCUCUGUUUGCUUCGUUGAAAGGGAGGUCACAUAAACUCUGGGUUAUUGUUUUUUUCGUCUUCAGAUCAUUGAUGGUGUGUUUAGUCCUGAAUGUCCUGAGCUCCCUGAUAUCGAGUUUAAGUCGCAUGGGUUAAAGGAUUUCAUCAAAACUGGAUUUAGGUAGGAAGACUCGCGGUUCAGCGCAUGCUCAUUAAUUAAAUUACUUUUUUCCAACUUAGUAUUCAUUCUAUUGGUUGAUAAUCCCACUCACAUGUAUCUCAGCGAUCUCAGACUGUAUUUCAAAGUAGAAUUGUAUUUCAGAGUAACCUGAAGUAGGAUGGAGGAGUACUAACAUCGCAGAACAAAUUAGUGGAAUAUGCCAACACUACCAACGGUGAAUUUAUUGUUGACCCGAAGGUUUUAUUCCAUGGUUGAUGAAUUUACAGCUAUUUGCACAUAAUUUGAUCAAAUGGGAGGGGAAAGCGCCCAAGGGACGAGGUUGAGGGGGGUUUGUAGAUUGGUUCUUUGACAACAUUAUGACAUGAUCAUAUUGCUUGCAUAGAUGAUACGGCAUGUCCCGGUAGAAAAACAGCAUUUUGAUUUUAAAUGAGCAUGCGCUGACCCGUAAAACCGUCCCUUAAAAUUUAAAGGGCGCUGUCAGGAAAUUCAUCAAAAUUCAAACAGUGAGAGUGUAAAACAUCAAAAGAAUGGCUUAAAAUAUUAAAAGAAGGUAUAAAUAACACAGCAAGUUGGUACAAAAGAGGGCACGGAUGGACUAACUUGAAGAUUAAAACAGAUUGCAAUUGCGGUUUUUGAAAACUUGUCAGCCUAGCAGGUUUUCAAAGUUCAUUUAUAUUGUUUGUAAUGUUUGAUAUGUAUAAUGCUGUGGGAGAGAGAUUUGUUUGAUACGAAGCUGUCAUUUUUGUCAUUUACAAGUCAGUAAAUUUGAAUUCCUCGGCGCCAACGUUAACUUCCUUUGCCAAAAAUAAAUGAAAAAAAUAAUUGAAUUCGACAGCAGUGCCCUUAAGUAAAGUUCACUCACUUGGUACCGCUGCGUGUACAGUUAAAAUUUUGGUGAAUUUUCUGUGUCGUUCUUUGUAAUCCAUCAACCUUUAAUAACUUGAUUUUAUCGAAGUUUUGCGAUGAAGGUCUCUACUACUUGAUUUUUUGUUCUUAAUUUAAAAAAAAAAAAGUUGACUCGACGAAAUAUUAAGCUCAUUCAUUUAACUUGAACUGUCUAGGUUACUUAUAAUUGCAAAGUAAAUUAAAUUUUACACGCAUCUUUUCUUUUAAUAUUGCUUAACUUGGACUGUUUACGAGACUAUUUCCUGGUUUAGCUGAUCUUAAUAUAUUUGGUGGUUGUUUCAGUUUAUUCAUGAAUGUGAGCAAGCCUCGACCUAAUGACCAUCCACUGCUAGUACUGUUUAUUGUCGGAGGAGUCACGUGUUCUGAAGUUCACCAAAUAAGGGAAGCUCUUGCAGCUUACCACCCCAACACACAGGUUAGCUUUUCUAAAUCGUGUUUUCUCACGUUUGUCGUUGCCUGGUCAAGAGCCAUGAUGGACAUUAUGGGAUUAUGGCUCAUGACUGGUUUAUCGGCAGGUUCUUCUAUGUUAUUGUUUUUUUUUUUCGGUUUUCGGUGGUAGGCGGUCGAAGGGAAGGGAGAAAUCGGGCGCGCAAGACUGCGAUGGGUGUGAUGAACGCUCGCUUUCGAGUUCACCUCGCUCGCGAACGUCUAAGCAGUCUAGCAGUCUUUCAUUGUAGAGACGAACUAAUUCAGUUGAACCCCUGCUCAACACACUUCCUGUAGAGUUUUUCUGUGGACGCUUUUUUUUGUCUCUGUAGGUUGUUCGCCUACGUUAGGUAAGACUGUAUCACUGAAGCGCUACUUCCGAAUCCAACAAUUUACACACCUAGAGCAAUUAAAAUAUGUAAUAACCAUUAAUAAUUGAUGAUAAAUCUACAAACUCUUUUGACUCUUUGUGUGCCUCCUUUCUUUUUGCAGCUAUUAAUCGGUUGCACAAGACUUCUGAAAGCUGAUGAUUUGUUCAACGAAAUAUUUCUUCAAGACAACUUGUUUCCAGCUCUUCAUUGAUAUUUUCGUAACAGAGUUACUGGAAAAAAAAUCCCAUUUGUUGAGGGAACUUACCUGACAGGAAACGUGCGCGUUGGUCACAAAGUGUUUGCAGCAAUGGAACUGUGCCACGCCACGUUUGUGGCAGAACCGAGCAAGUGGUGACGUAACAAGAUUUUGUAGACUUAAAAGUCAAGUUUAAAUCGAGCGGAUGCCUUUGGGACCUUUGGGCACCCUGGAAGUGAUAGGGAAGGGAAACGAUCAAUUUUAAGCUUCGUAGACAAUCCAUUUAAAAGACGAACACUUCCGCAUGGAAAUGGAUCCGAAAACUAAGUGUCAAAAGUGCCUGGAGCCAACCUCAUUCCAAGUAAAAACCUUUGAAUGCAGAGGUCCACUCAACGCUUGUAAAUGAAACCGACUGGUUCUUUCUUGCCGGAUCUCUAAUGUAAAGAUGCCCAUGCUAGACGCCACUUGAAGUGGAAAUAAAAACAGAACUGAAUACAAGGCUGGCAAUACGGCAAAGGGCUGAUUUAUUUUAGGGCAAUAUAUCGGAGCCUUUAUAGUAUUCCCUUCCAAUGUAGCUCUGGCCCCGAGGAAGGCUAAUAUUUUUUAGCCGAAAUAUUGGCCUCAAACAAAUCAGCCCUUUACUAUUUGAGUGGUAAGGACUUUCAGAUUCUUCAUUAAAUCCCCUGAAGAACGACGGCUUGUCCAACCGAAAUAUCG